AUGCUGACUUAUCCUGAAAUUCGCUUUUUCCAUGUGAUCGACUGGCGUUCGUUGCUGCACCACCACAAAUCGGGUUCGAUUCCAGUUGGGGAGGUUGACGAGACCAGUUCAGGUGGGGUCGAAACUGCAGUUCACUUCAGCCUAAUAAGCGACCUGACCUCGUUUUCGCGACUCAGCGGUGUUGUCAGGGCGACUUGGUCGGAUGCGCCUUCUCCGAAGUCCUAUGCUAUAGAAGUCAGCAUAUUUCCCAGCGUCGGACCGUGGACUUGCAUCGAAUUGGUCUCAUUUAUGGAUACAUACCUUGUUUUGGUGGCCUUUCUUAUCUGGGACACCGGUCUGUGGAUAGAUGAACCUUUGAAUGGGCCGGCCAGCCAUGGGUAUACCGACUAG